AUGACUACUACCUUUCAAUUACCUUCAUCCAAAUUUGAUAUCAACCAAGAUGGCGAUUUCACGCCAUAUGAUGGAAGAUCAUUGGCAUUUACACCUCGUCAUACAGGUCGGAUCCCGACUUCUACAACCAGUCAACAUCAUAUUCACCCGUACAGACUGCUAGAACAAGAGCCACCUCGGAUGCUCUUGAUAGGAUCAUGUCGACUCAAGCCACUCAAUUUUCCGCUUUGUGCAACGUUUGGCGGUCGAAAUUAUCUUCGGGCCCUCUUGUUCCUUCAAUUCCGAAGGAAAAUGUACCUGUCAUCCGAACUAGAGCCACCUCCAUCAAAUCCAUCAAACUCGUCCAACGCCAACGUGACAAAGGAUGGGAUAAUUAGGCAAAACCAUCAAAUAAAGCCCAGACUCAUUUGA